AUGGCUCGACAGGCAUUGGUUGAGGUGAAGAUCCUGGAGCAUCUCCGGGAGCGCGACCUCGAGAGUACCUCCAAUGUGGUGCACAUGAUGGAUUACUUUUACUUCAGGAAUCACUUGUGCAUCACCUUUGAGCUGCUAAGUAUCAACCUUUACGAGUUCAUCAAGAACAACAACUUCCAGGGCGUGUCCUUGGGGCUGAUCCGGCGCUUCGCCAUUCAGCUUUUGGCGGCCUUGCGCUUCUUGCGGAAGCAGCACAUCAUUCACUGCGACUUGAAGCCAGUGACGGGCUUGACUUAA